CUAAACUUCAGAAUGGACCCGACGGGAGAAAAGCCCGUUAGUGUGUAACGCUGGGAGGGCAGCUCUGACCGUCCAUGUCUUGUUUACAGAUAUCAACACUUAAACAAAGUUUCUGACAGAAAUGUCGAGAGAAAACACCACUCGAAGUUUGGACAGUAUAGACCUCGCUGCUUUAAGAGAUCCAGCAGGGAUCUUUGAGCUGGUUGAGGUCGUUGGCAAUGGAACCUACGGUCAGGUGUACAAGGGCCGUCAUGUCAAGACAGGUCAGCUGGCAGCUAUCAAAGUCAUGGAGGUCACAGAGGAGGAAGAAGAGGAGAUAAAGCUGGAGAUCAACAUGUUGAAGAGUUACUCCCACCAUAGAAAUAUCGCUACUUAUUAUGGUGCCUUCAUUAAAAAGGGCCCUGCAGGACAGGACCAUCAACUCUGGUUAGUGAUGGAGUAUUGUGGAGCUGGCUCUGUGACAGACUUGGUGAAGAAAACUAAAGGAAAUUGUUUGAAAGAAGACUGGAUAGCUUACAUCUGCCGGGAGGUGCUAAGGGGUCUUUCCCAUCUUCACUCCCAUCAUGUGAUUCACAGAGACAUUAAGGGACAAAAUGUUUUGCUCACAGAGAAUGCUGAAGUCAAACUAGUUGACUUUGGAGUGUCGGCCCAGCUAGAUAAGACGAUCGGUCGAAGGAACACUUUCAUCGGUACUCCCUAUUGGAUGGCUCCAGAGGUCAUCGCCUGUGACGAGAACCCUGAAGCUACAUAUGACUAUAGGAGUGACCUCUGGUCUUUAGGCAUCACCGCUUUAGAGAUGGCGGAAGGAGCCCCCCCUCUGUGUGACAUGCAUCCGAUGAGAGCGCUGUUUUUGAUUCCUCGAAACCCUCCACCCAAACUUAAAUCAAAGAAAUGGUCGAAGCGUUUCUUGUCGUUCGUUGAUAGCUGCCUAAUCAAGAACCAUCUGCAUCGACCCACCACAGAUGUCCUGCUGAGGCACGCCUUCAUCAAAGACCUGGCUAACGAGAGACAAGUUCGCAUCAUGCUCAAAGAUCACCUGGACCGAACCAGGAAGAAGCGAGAGAAAGAGGGUCCAGAGUAUGAGUACAGUGGCAGUGAGGAAGAGGAUGACGAGGUCACAGAAGAGGAAGGAGAGCCCAGCUCCAUAGUGAAUGUUCCCGGCGAAUGGACGCUGAGGCGGGAGUUCCUUCGUUUGCAGACAGAAGAUCACGAAGGCAGCAGAGACGGAGGUCGCGGAGGAGGCGGUGGAGGUCAGCAGAGACAACAGGCGUUACAGCAGCACAGGCAGCAGUUGGUGGAACAGGAACGAUACAAGCAGCAGAUCCUGGCUGACAGACAGAAGAGGAUCCAACAGCAGCAAGAGCAACGGCAAAAGUUAGAGGAUCAGCAGAGGCGGCAGCUGACAGACUGUGCCUUUCAGUGGGGAGAGCUCCAGGAGGUCUUCUUUGGGGAGGAGUCUCAGCUCCACGACAACAGGCUCUUACUGGAUGAGGGAAACAAUAGGAGUGACAGGAGACAGGAUCAGGCAGGCAGACAGCGGAGUGCUGAUGUGUCAGUAAGGCCUCUGGACUCCACAGCAGAGCAGAGAGCAGUGGCUCCAAACCAACUGCUUCAGCAUAAGGCCCAGCAUUCGCAGUCUCGGGUACAGCCGCAAGCCAAGUCCCAGCAUCAGCUGCCCUCUGCGGGCCGGAGAUCCCAUCGCACCCUGCCCAAAGACCAAACCCAACUCCUGUCCCUGCAACACGACCACAGACACAGGGAGAAAGAGAGGCAGAGGCAAAGAGAAAUGCCUGUGGCAGCUCUCCAGAAGCUAACAGCUAAUAGUGGGAACACAGCUGCUACUGCUGCCGCUACUGCUGCUGCCUCUCCCAGCCGCUCUGCAGUCAGUCAGAGCUCAGCGAUGGACUUCCAGGAAUCAAACUUAGCCAGGUUGCUUUUAGCUGCUGGCCUUCCCAGCCAGAUGCACUCAAGGCUGGGCUCUGGAAGCAGCUCUAGUCCUUGUACCCCAGCCAUGCAGAGAGCUCAGUUUAACCAGAAUGAAAAUCUUCGCUUGAGUCGGGACACCCCUCACAGCAGCUCUAUGUCAGACAUGGCCAUCUCCCCUUUGUCCCCGUUUUCCCCGGUGUCCCCAACUGACAGCGUCUUCUGGGACUCUGUGGAGACUGCCCCUAAAGUCCCAGAGCGCACCACCUCAAAGUAUUACUGUAGGGAACUGAUGAUGGGACACAAGAGGGCCGCUUCAAGUGGCAGUCCAGUGUCUGCAGCAGAUAAGAGUCCACGAGCUAUGUCCCAUGGAGGCUCCUCCAUGAGCAGCAAUCAUCCAGGUUACUUCAAGCUGGAAAGUCCUGUUCUGCAGCAACACCUGCACAGGAAGACAGACAACAUGCCCAGUGGGCACAUGCAAGGAGUAAAACCUGCUCUGGGUCGGCUACACAAGGCCACAGAAUACUCUUCUUCUAGUGAUGAAGUUGGCAGCAGUGAUGACGAAGAGCGAAACAGGUCUGGCAUGUCCAACGGAAAAGGGAAAUACUUCAGAGGAAUACCUGAUGGCAUCGUCCUGCAGCCUCACCACAAUCUUAAUCAGAUUUCUCAGUUGGGUUCAGAUGACACCUACUUGCUACCAGACCUUCUGCAGAAAACCUCUUCCUCUAGUCCUACCUACAAUGCAUUGAGCCAGCAGCACCGAGCACAUGAACUCAGCUAUUUGAGAUCACCCACAUCCCCCGGAUCCCCCACACACCAGGAUCUACAUGAUAUCAGCAGUCCUACUGGUAAAAACACCCCCACAUCAUCUUCUUCCUCAUUCCUGCCCUUCAUUGAUCCAAGACUGAUCCCCAUAUCAUCACCGCCACAGAGCCCGACGGGCAUUAAGGGUGAGCCACUCAAGAGAGAGAACCACAGAAAGGGCUCUGUCGUGAAUGUGAACCCAACCAACAUUCGACCACAGAGCGACACGCCAGAGAUCCGAAAGUACAAGAAGAAGUUCAACGCUGAGGUUCUGUGUGCUGGUCUGUGGGGUGUGAAUCUGUUGGUGGGGACAGAAAAUGGUCUGUGGCUGCUGGAUCGAAGUGGUCAGGGAAAGGUCUACUCGCUCAUCAGCAGACGAAGGUUUCAACAAAUGGAUGUACUUGAAGGGCUCAAUGUGUUGAUAACUAUAUCAGGAAAAAAGAACAAACUGCGUCUCUACUACUUGUCCUGGUUAAGGAAUAAAAUCCUCCAUAAUGACCCAGAGGUGGAGAAGAGACAGGGUUGGACAUCAGUAGGCGACUUAGAGGGCUGUGUACACUAUAAAGUCGUGCGUUAUGAGAAGAUAAAGUUCUUGGUGAUUGCUUUGAAGAAUGCUGUGGAGGUGUAUGCCUGGGCCCCCAAACCCUACCACAAAUUCAUGGCCUUUAAGUCCUUCAGAUCUCUGCCUCAAAAGCCACUGUCUGUUGACCUGACAGUAGAGGAAGGUCAAAGGUUAAAGGUGAUCUAUGGCUCCGUGUCUGGUUUCCACGCCAUUGACGUAGACUCUGGAACACCAUACGACCUGUACUUGCCUACACAUAUCCAGGGUUCCAUCCGUCCCCACGCCGUCAUCAUUUUGCCAAACAAAGCUGGAACCGAGGUUCUGGUCUGCUACGAAGACGAGGGCGUCUACAUCGACACCUACGGCCGCAUCACCAAGGAUACAGUGCUGCAGUGGGGGGAAAUGCCUACAUCUGUUGCCUACCUUCAGUCUAACCAGGUGAUGGGUUGGGGAGAAAAGGCCAUAGAGCUGAGGUCAGCGAGCACGGGGAACCUGGAGGGAGUUUUCAUGCAUAAAAAGGCCCAGAAACUGAAGUUCCUGUGUGAAAGGAAUGACAAGGUUUUCUUCGCGUCCGUGCUGUCGGGAGGCAGCAGUCAGAUUUACUUCAUGACUCUUGGGCAGAACUCGCUGUUCAGCUGGUAACAACCGGACCUGUUAACUCUGAGAUCGGCUGGUGGGCGUCCACCUUCAUUGCUUUGGGUUAUCCUGGUGAUGCCUUUUUUGGAUUUGUGCUGACUUGUGUUGACCUCCGUGAAGUAGUGGAUACAAGAGUCAGCUUGAUUACUUCAUCCAUUUCUCGGCCUCGUGUCAUUAUCAUGUUAAACCAUAAGGAUGAAUGAUUAAGCUGAUCGUGAAUCCGCCUGCAGGAAAAAAGCUUGAAUCUCAUCGUUCCAUCCUCGACUACUGACGCGUGGAUCUUUGCUGUUUCAGGUGCAGCAGCACUUACAUCUGGACAUGAUUUUCAGCAAAAACAAGAGUUUUAGUUCGCCGCCAUCACACCCCCGUCCACAGAAAUGUUAAAAGGUACAAGCGGCUGUGCCAGCAUCUUUUAUUUUAUGUGUCAUUUCACCCAAAAGAAAAACUGAGGGCUUCACCUGGUUGAUUGUUUGGGGAUUUCACGUGAACACCUGGCUUCAGAGCUGCUGUUUUGUUGUUCUUCCGCAGCAGUCACUUCAUUCAGCUCAUCGCUCCUGAAUUUUUUUUUUUUUAGGAAUUAUUAAUUAACUAUGUGCACAACAAUUAUUCAUGUGUUUGUUUUAAAAUGCCCAGCUGUGAUUACACUUGGUUCAUUAUGCUUCUGGCGCACCCCAGAGAGUAAACAUCACGUAAUUUGUGUGUUGUCUAUCAGUGGCCUUGUUCGCUCUGUGUACAUCACCUGGGCAUUUCAAAAACUGAUGAAAUGUGGGCUGCUUUAUGUCGUUCUGUAUUUUGUUGCUAGUGCCAUAAUUAUUUCAAGCAGUUUUAGAUCCACAAACAGUAUUAAUUAUCUGUAAUACCUCAGAACUGUUCCGGUAUUUAUGAAGUCCUUGAAGUGAGAUUUAAUCAGAGUGAUAGAACCCAAAUAAUCUAUGAUAUUACUGUACCGAUUCCUUUUAUAGUGGAUUAAAUACAUAUCACUAUUUUAUUUAAUACAUAGCACUAUCAAAUGUUAAGAAUUAUUUCUAAAAGUGAGCAUUAAGUCAGCCUUUCUAGCCUAGAAAUUAGUUGUUAGUUAUGGGGGAAAAAAAUCUCUAGGUAUAUUUGCAUAGUUUGGAUUAAGAUGGGCUGAAUAUAUGUUGCCACGACAGCCCCCUCACCUGUGCUUUUUCUCAGGUCUCAGUGUGAGCUGUCACUCCACCACAGAUCUGGACCACAUCAUUUUAGUCUUAUUUCUCCUUACAAAGGACCUCGAAAGCCAUUCACUUUACCAUAAAAGGCACAAUUUGAAUGUGCAGCAUAUAUUACGUAGAUAAAUAUAGAUCCCAAGCAAGUAUAAUUCUUUUUUUUUUUUUUUUUUUUUUUUUGUACAGCUUCUGAUGUGUAUAUAAUCCUGUAAGAUGCACUGUUUUCUAAAUAUUUUAUGACACGCCAUCUUGACAUAUGUGUACAUGAUUGCAGGCUUAUGAAUGUGAAACUCAAUCCCAAAACAGAGUUCAUACAGAACACAUUGCAGCCAAGGUAUUUGAUUGUGGAUGUGAGCUGCUGACUGAGUUUGAAGGCUCGUGUUCAGGUCUUACAAAUGCGACUGAAGCGUCUAAGAUCAAAAUGCGAAUUCUGUUUUUUGGUUGGUUUUCUUAUUGUGUGUAUAAGACAGGUGUUUUGCACAAUGGCCACCUUAUACAUGUUACAUCAAAAGCCAUUCUCUUGUCAGUACUGAAAAGAUUAUAUCAGUAUUUGUUACACUACCCGGUGUGGGACCAGUUUUUGAUAGACCAACUUGAAGGAAAGAUCUCUCAUAGGAUAUGCAAUGAGUUGAGCUGAAAAUAUAAUAUUCUCUUUGUCAUUUAUUCAAUGAGCUUCAAAGCAAGAAACCAAAGAUGAAGGCUUUGAUGUAUUUGCUUUCUUGAUUCUAACAGAUAAUUCACAACUGACUAUUUGAUUUGAUUUCUGAAUCAGGUUGGAAAAAAAAAAACUUAGAGCAGCCUGGAAAGUCACCCGGACCUGAAAUGUUGUGCUUCAUUGCAACAAAAUAUAUGCAAGUCAGUGUUGCUAGUGUUCAUGUAUUAAAUAGCACAGAUGUAUGCAUUAAGUAUUAUUUGGUUCGGUAAAGGUAAAGAAAUGUUUCUUACCUUCAAAUGUGAAUUUGAAUAUUUAUCCAUUUGAUCAUACUUUUUUUUUCCUGUAUGAGAUUUUGCUUAAACUGGUAACUUUUUGUUUUACAUUAUCCUGCACACUCUUGAAUUUUGUUGUCAUCAGAAUUGUGCCAAAUGUUUUUAUAUACAUUGAUACUUUUAGUUUUAGUUUUAUUAUAGACUUGUGAGAAAUACAGCAGCUGGUUCUGUGAGAAUAUUUUAAACUGGAAGAUGAAUUUUCUGUCUUAUUGCCAAGUUUUUACCACGUCUUAGUGUUUGUUUCAGGGGGCUAGAAAUUGUUUUCCUGACUUAACCGACAAAAUAGCUCAACAUGGCUACUGUACAUUAAUUUAGUGGAUUGUGAGCUAAUAUUAACUGGCUAAGAGGUGCUAGCUAACAGAGCCUAAAUGUACCAUAAGUAUUAGCUAGCUAGCUUAAAGUUCCUAGCUAACAUUGUUGCUGUUAUAUGGCUAAGAAAAAAAAAAUGCUUGUCUAGCAGUACCAAGAUUAGUUACUGUUUUCACAUAAAGGAAAGCCAUAACUUUGUUUUCAAUGCGUAGCAUGACUUAUGCUAAUAUUUACAUAGGUUCAGAUUUUUAGGCACUUUAAAUGUUAUUUUGAUUUGCAGUCAACAACUGAAAUAAAAAUUGGACAAAAUAAAUUCUGGCAAGCACAUCAGAGUAAAUACACAAUACUAAGUUAUACUAAUGUUAACAUAAAAUCAUGUCGAUGUAGGCUACUGUAUACGUGAAGCUUACUGCUUCAGUUUAAAGGACAGUUGUUGUGCUAACUUGUGGUCAGGCCUGCUGUGAAAUGGUGACUAUGCAGAACAGACAGCUUUGGUCAGGUUCCCGAGCAAGAUCCUGGCCGUUAAAGAGUCCAAACCAGACAGGAGAGCAGACCAAAACCUGGUCGUGAGUAGCUACCACAGUUGCUGUAGGUUCUGUUCAGCUCUAGCUUAUUUAAAAAAAAAAAAAAAAAAAAUCUCAAACAGCCUGUAUCUCCUGUGUUCAUCCUGCUGCCACACUCCGUCAUAGACAUCGAGUAACUGUAGGGUACAUGCUGGAAAGUAAACCAGUUAAUUCCUAAAAUUAGUUAACCCAUUUAUUAAGCAGCUUCUGAAUAGGUCCACAAUUAUCGCUUGUAUUCAAAACUGAUUCAGUUGCAAAGUCAGAUUUAGCUUCAUGGUCCACUAUUUAAAACAUUUUCUCUGUAAACAGCAGUGAUAUGUUUAUAUGCAAUUAUAUUACAGUAAGCAAUUUUAAUGACAUGGCCUAGUCUUGUAAUGACUGUUAAAACGUGCUCUCCAGACUGCUUCAAGUAACAGCAUGUGAAACCGGCUCUUCUGCAAGCUGACCAAUGUGACACCUAAUAAGAUGUUUUUUUUGUUUUGUUUUGUUUUUUUUAAUUAAUCCGGGUUUAUCCAUUUGUCAUCUUAAGCUACCCUUUUAGAGAAUGGGGAUAUUUUUGUGGCUUAUUAGAAGCAGAGUGUCUGCCUGCUGCCACUCUUUGCUCCCUGUUGCUUAGCACUGGACUGUAGCUGUAUCACUAAUGAGAGAGAGAGGGAUCGGUGCACUUCCUCCUACACCUUCCACUGGUUAAAAACAUGACAGAUUCUGCUUCAGGCUUGUGGUGACUCACAUCCUUAACUCUCCCACAAACUCUUUUCUCUCACUUUUCACAACACAUUUCCUCUGGCCGCCACUUUUCAUCCACUCUGCAUCUUUUGCCGAUCUUUAGCUUCUCAUUCCUACUCCUGGCUGCCUCUUUAGCUUCCCACGCUCUCUUUCUUUUUAUUUUUGUUAAAUUCACUGAGACCUGUCACAUGAGAUUGCACAUCUUUAUUGCACCAAAUAGAUUUGCACAGCUUUUCAAAUUAAAAAUGAGGUUUAAUUAAUGGAAGUAGACCCAAAGAUUUAGCCCAAACCUGUUAUCUCUGCGAGUUGUGUUGCGAAGUGGGAUGAAGCGUGAUACAGAGGGGGGGAAAAAAACAAACAAACUGAAUACAAAGCAGUUUGCAGUUUUGCAUUAUUUAGUUAAGUGUCAGCUGUUGUUUUCCAGCCUGUGGAUGUGAUGUGUGGGAGAGUGGGAUGAAAACUGGUGUUUUAAAAGGCAGAAUUCAGGCUUCAACGAAAGGAAGGACCGAGUUAGAGGAGGUAGUUGGUGGUUUUAGUCAAGUAUCACUUAAUAGAAGGAACAAGGAAGAGGCUCUAAGAGGCUUCAUUUAUUUAAAUAAUACCUAAUAUGUUAAGAUUGUUUUGGUUGUGAUGAAGAGAAGGAGGAAGAGGAUGUGAAAGGGACAGUGACUGUAUACAGUAGCCUUUUAAGAUUAAACAUUGACAUUUGUUGCAUCACUCAUCAGUAAGCAAAAUUACAUUCCUGAUUUUUUUUUUUUUGUUUUUUUGUUUUUUUUUUGGGGAAGGGGG